CGCCAGAACCACACAGACCUCUUACCUGCGCUGUCCCCCGGCGACCUGAAUUUCAUUUCUGACACCGCGCAUUAUCGUGCUACUCAUCCAGUUGAAACUUCGUGGGCUGUCUAACUGACAACUCGAGAAAAGAAAAAGCGGGACUCUUCAGCGGCCAAUUCUUACAGAAGACGAACAGCCUUGCUUUUCAAAUCAGAAAGUUCCAGGGUCUUGGUUGCAUCUCGUCCUUCGAGUGGACAUCCCGUAAACUUGUGGCCAGGCAAAGAGAUCAACAUAUUGAGAUAACUGGACUCGGCAGAUUGUGUAGUGUGGCGUGGAGGAUUUCUCCCUGUUGGAGGGAACCGAAAUGAGAGCUGUAUCCUAUUGCCUCUGAAGCUCCGGGGCUUUUUUUGUGCCACACAUGGUGCCGGAACACACGCUAAUGGACGGUGUGGUUGUGUCUUUGAGACAUUGCCUUGCUGCCUAGCUCAGACCUCACCUGGAGAGCAAAAUAUCACAAGAUAGGACCAAAGAUUUCUACAGUUCGGUUGUCCUGUCCCGGGAGUCAAUUCAAAGCCACCAUUCAUCGUUUCAUCAUCUUCAUCAACAAUAUCUGUGUACUCAGGCAACCUCUUGGGUAUACAGAUCACAACUGCAGUCCAGAAGAAGUUCUCUCUCUACAGUCGUCAGAGUUGCUCUGAAUCAUUCUGAAUGGUUCGAGUUAACCGUAUCAAACAGUCCGUAUAAUUCAUCGUUGAACACAGUCAGUAUUAGUUUGGUUGAAAACAAAAGUGCUAGACACUAGUGUCUCGAUUUACCGCCAACAUGAUGGAGGAACCGCAUUCUGAAUCGGCCAUCUACUCCACGCCGACCUGCGUCCAGCUCGGCAUUCCCAUGAGCGACUGUCCCACGGCCGCUGGCCUGUACCCACUUCGCGAGCACGGCAACAACACAGAUGUCACCCUGCCCAUCCCAAACUACCUGGACCCCCGCUACGCGGGUUCCUUCAUGGGCCACUAUAGCAGCUAUGUGCCCCUGCCCAGCCCCUUCGGUUUCUACGACCUAGAGCCGUCUUUCAUCCGGCGGCGGAACGAGCGAGAGCGGGAGCGAGUCCGGAAUGUCAACGAGGGCUAUGCGCGGCUGCGUGAGCAUCUACCCACGGAGAACCCGGAGAAACGGCUGAGCAAGGUGGAGACGCUAAGGAUGGCCAUCCGGUACAUCAAGCAGCUGCAAGGCGUGCUACACACAGAAGAGCACAAGGAGAAUAACUGCAGUAACUCCGAGACAGAUCGAGGAUCGGUGGAAGAUUCCGAAGAAGGCGAGAAAUGAACAGAAAACAACCGAUUUUGUAUCAUACUCCAGCUCUCACGUGUAUUUAUUGUCACAAAAAGACUGUGUACAUAAUUCUGCUCUAAUUAAAGAAACACCUCAGAAUGUUAAAACAAAUCACUUUAUCGAAGGAAAUGGAAGUCACACUUCCACAGCAGUUCUGUCGUCACAAUAUUGAAAGGCGGUAUGUAGCAUUUGCAUAUGACGCUCGUAUUUUGUAUGGAUUAAAACAAAUCCUUAUCAACGUCACUGAUAUUGUAUUCUUGGGAUAUCGCAAUUAAAGAUGUUCGAAGAUCCGUAACGAGUGUAAAAACAGAGUUUAACUUAUCGUGCCAGAUCUUUGGGGAUUUUCGGUGGAUUUUCCGAAAUAAUAAAACAAUGCUCAUUUUAUUAAGAACGAUCAUUAUGGCAAAACAGUCCUGACCGUUUAUCACUUGUAAAUAUCUAAAGAUAAUUGCAAUUGAACAUCCCAGCAAAAUAAGCUAAACGGAUAAAGUUGAAAAAGAAGAACUCACUGGUAAUGCUUCGUUGAGAAUCAAACUAACAAACUGUUUAAUAAACUCUAAUAAAAUCCGUUGAAUUCUGCAUAAUUGCGAAAAAGGGACAAUGCUGAAUGUGGAAAUCUACCGCAGUGAUUAUUGAAAAAUAUGAAAAAUUUUCUUAAUGUUCUUUGUGCAUGUAUCGUGUUUUCUUGGCCAGUGGGAAGGUUUUGAAUACUUCGACAUGUUUCUAAAUGUCUGUUAUUGGACUGUGAUGGGUUCUUUGCUAAUGAACUAUGAAUGAAACGUUCUAAGUGCAUUCAUGUGGUGCUAAUUUAUUUUUUUAGACAGCUGCAUAUUGUAGAGCACGAUGGAGUAAGUUUUUAACAAAGAGAAAGAACAUCCCCUAAAAGAAAAAGGUCUCAGACUUUUGAUGUGAACUUGGCUAGGUUUUCAGUGACAGGUAUGCUUUGUUCUAAUGCGGGUGAGGAAAAAAUGGAAGUUGACAAAUUUUUAAUGAUCUCGUGCUUUUGUAGAUUUCGCGAAAUAAUCAAGGGAGUAAUCAGAAUUUGGCACAAUCGCCCAGAAACAUUGAAUACUACGGGAGAAAUCGACAAUUUCUCGAAGGUGGAAAUGUAGAAAUGUAAAAGUGAAGAAAUUAAAAUAUGUGACUUGGGAAAAUUGGAGGAUCAUUUAGAGUCAGCAUAUACGUGGUAAAAGGCUGUAAUUCUGAGGAAAUGAAAUGGGGGUAAUAAUAAACAAUGACUAAUACAUCUAUGAGAGGUUAUUUGAUCUGACUCAUUUUCAGUUACAAUUUAACUAAGCCAUAAGCACCUUGCAAUUAGUAUAGUAUUACUACGCAAUGGAGAUCUAAAUGGUAAGUGAAGUCAAGCACUUAGAAAAAAUGUGCCAAAUUUUUCAAGUGUAUUAAAAAAAUCAAAAUUACUUUAUAUGCUACGAAUUCCACACAAGGUUCAUGUUUACUUUGUAUUUACAACCCACAAUGAAUGUGAAAACUCAAUCAAUAAAGUAAUUGUAAAAUUGCAAA